AUGGCAUUCCAAAAACAGGCCAUGAAAGCCAACACUAGCUUGAUUGAAGAAACUUCUUUCGAUAGGCUUUGCCAAUCGAAGAAGAUUCUAACUAUCAACGGACGAUUCCCAGGGCCUACCAUAUACGCGCGCGCUGGAGAAACGUUGGCCCUAGACGUUGAAAACAGAGGGAAGGACAACGUUACAAUAUUUUGUUGUAAGCGUGAGGGAAAACACUUGAAGUCUGAUCAAGUGAACUGGCUAAUUGAGCCAGGGUUUAAACUAAGAAAAAACAUCACAAUAUUUGACAAGGAAGGGACGCUAUGGUGGCACGCCAUGAACAUCUGGCAAAGCGCCACAGUUCAUGGUGCUUUCAUUGUCCAUUCAAAACCCGGAACUACUCGUGAUAUUCCCAUCAUUUUAGGUGAAUGGUGGAAAAGGGAUGUCAAGGAGGUUGUCCUUGACUAUAUUGACUCAGGCAGUGGCGUAAAUUCAGACGCUUUCACUGUUAAUGGACAGCCUGGUGACUUCUACCCUUGUUCAAACAAUGGAACGUUUAGGAUAGUAGUGAAUACUGGGAAGACAUAUCUUCUCAGAGUUGUGAACGCUGCAAUGAGUAAAACACUUUUCUUUGGGAUUGCAAGGCACAACUUAACCGUAGUCGCGAUGGAUGGAAGUCCUAUAACAAAGCCAUUUUCAACGGACUACGUCGAAUUGAGUAUACAACAAUCGGUGGAUUGUAUCUUCGAGGCGAACCAGCAGCCAGAUUAUUAUUAUAUGGCAGAUCGAGCAGCUACACGAGAAAGCUUGACCUUCAAGGAUGCUAGCUAUGCAAACAUCAAUAAUAUCUUCCUUUCAGUGCAGUUCAGUUACAUCGGAGAAUUUGAGUAUGUCGAUGAUCAUAGGUCCGGAAAGAUUGUUGUCGAACUGAAUGGAAGGCUACACAAGUGUGGUGUCAUUAGUCCUCGCUUCGAUGUUGGAGAUUGA